AUGAUGAUGACUGGCCGUGCGCUGCUGGUGUGUGCCCUCUGCGUGCUGUGGUGCGGUGCUGCGGUGGAGGCGGAGGGUGAUGGUUCUGGGGUAGGUAGUGGUGAUGCGGAUGGGAAUAUGGUUUUAAUUUGGUAUAUUGAUGCUAAUGAGACUUGCAAAAAAAAAAAUACGCAGGGAGAAAAGCUGGAUAAGUCAGCGUUUAAGAGCUGUGUGAAUGCUGCAAUGAAGGAGAUUUGUUACGAUUAUUAUAAUGAGACGCCGAGUGAAUCUCGUGAUUUUGAAUCUGACGAGAUUUGCAACAAUUACAUUGGCGAUUCAGAGGAGACUAUCGAUACCUCAACACCGCUAACAGAACCGUCGCAUGAUGCGGAAAAACCGGUGGCAACACCAACUCCAGAAACCUCAAAGGUCGAAGCAGCAGAAAUGGGAUCGCCACCGGGAGUACCAGCGGGUGAUUCACCAGCAAAUCCAACAGAAGGUCCACAAUCAACCUUAGCCGCCAACGAUACUGCAAAUAGUGAAGCUGAAAAGGACGGUAAAGAGGUGAUGCCGAAGAAUGCACCGGAAUCCAACGCCUCAAGGAAAGAAGAAGGUGAAAAGAAGCACAGUAACACAAAGGAAAAACCACUCGAAGCCGAGGCAAAGAAAAAUAUCACGAUGACUGCCGACAGUGACGGCAGCACCGCGGUCUCCCACACCACCUCCCCUCUUUUGCUUCUUGUUGUUGCGUAUGCUGCUACUGCUGCGGUGGUGGCCGCGUGA